CUCACAGAUGAGGAAACAGGCCCACAGAGAUUAGUGACGUGUCCACCUAGCAAGAGGCAAGGUAGGGAUUUGAACUGAGAGCUGACUCCAAAGGUCUAUGCCCACCUUGGGCAGUGGCACUAGAACAGAUGUGAUUUGGCACCUGCUGACCUACAUCGUCAGUAAAAUCCAACGAGAAACCUCAUUGUGGAGGUUUCUGGCCUAGUCAGGGGCUGGUGCUGACGCUCAGCCCUGGAACUAAUGCCCUUUGUGAGGUGGCCCUGGAAGUUGGCAGCGGUUCCGUCCUGCUGGGGGAGGGGCAGCAGAAGCCAAUCGGGACCUGCGCAGAUGGCUCUGUUCUCCAGGGCCCCGCUGAGCCUCUGCCUCCUCUCCCUCCUCCUGGCAGCUGCACUCCUCCACCCCCAGCCGCCGAGGCCUCAGCGAUCCGUUCCUGAGGAUUUUUCAGCCCCCUUGGAACUCUCACAGCCUCUGUCUGGCCUGUUGGAUGACUAUGGGAUCCAACCCAAGCACCCAAGGCGACGAGGGCCUCGACCCCUUCUCUCCCGGGCCCAGCAGCGCAAGCGGGACGGACCAGACAUGGCUGAGUAUUACUUCGACACACACCUGUGAUGGGAAUCACUUAUAAAGCUAUUCUGUGCAGUAAAGCCAAGCUCGGGCUUUCCUGGGAUGGGAAUGAGCUGAGCAUGGGAAGGGCCCACGUAGAUACACCCACUGCAGUCCAGACAGGAAAUGGCACUUUAAUAGUUGUGGCCAGGGUGACAGGACCAAGAUGGGGCUACAGCCAAAGCAGCCAAGAGGCCGGGCUGGCCCGGGCCAGUGGGAAGCCGCCUUUUCCUGCCAGGGUGGGGCCCUGCUGCGGCUCUCUCCUUCCUUGAGGGGCCCCACAACUGCGGGGGCCAGCAUGCCAGCGAGGCUGGAGGUGGAGCCAGCCAGAGGCCACACAAGUGACAGCUGGGGACAGGGAUGCACCUCCACCUGCUGCUGUUCCCUUACUGGAAAGUCCUUAGGAGGUGCUGGUCUCAGCCUGAGCUCAGGGCCUUUGGUUGGGGUUGGGAAUUGGGGGCAGGUUGGGCACUUGCAGGUGGCAUGGGCUUCAUCAAGGCAGAAGAGAGCCAGAGGCCCUGGCAGGGGAAGUGUGGCCCAAGAUGGGACAGAACCCUCUGCUCCUGGAUGGGCAUCCUUCCUGGCCACAGGCCUGACCAGCCCUGCCCCCACCCAAUCCCCGGGCAGCCUGCUCUGUCCUCCAUAGAUGAA